UUGCGAGAAGGAUGGGAUCAAAAACCAAACUCCAAAAUAACUCGUCAAAAAUUUACACCCUUACUUCAAAUUCAGAAGGGCUCACGAAAGCCUCUCUUUUGUCCAACGGUCCACGUCGGUUGCUUCUACCUCCGACCAAAAGCUCGCCUCCCCUCCCCUCACCUCCAAUAAGAAAAAAACUCCCGUCUUUUGAGGAGUUUGUUCUCUCCUUUGCUCGUCUCCCCCGCCACCCCCUCUCUCUCUCUCUCUUAAAACGAUCCGGCGGACUCGGAGAGGACCAAAGAUCGCUGCUUUAUUUCCGUCCCUUUUAGAGCGGAGGCACCUCCAUUCCUCUCCCGUGCUGCCGUCUGCUUUAGUUUUCGGAUUUGGGCAAUCAGGCGGUGGGGAUGGACGGAUUGAGGUUGAUUAGAGGAAUCGCGGCGCCGGGGUUUGCCGUCGGGGUCGACGCCCGCGGCCACCAUCACCAUCCGCCGGCGAAGGUGAGCGCGGUGGCGCCGCGCGGCGCCGGCGGCGGUGGGAGCGCGGUGGAGACGACGGCGGUGCCGUCGCAGCAGUCGUACUUGUUCCCGCGGCCGCUGCGGAGGCUGUGGCCUGGAGCAGGAGGAGGAGGAUUGGAGGCGGGACGCGAAGAGAUUGUCGUGGAAGAGAAAACGGGUGGCGAGGAGGAGGCGGUGGCGGAGGCGGCGGCGGCUGCGGUGAACCGGCGGAGGGGGAAUUGGGUGCUGAAUAUACUGCGGGUGCGGUCGCUGUGGGCGGAGGAGGGAGAGGGGGAAAGAAUGGUAGAGGAGAGAGAGGAGGAGGAGAAGGUGAUGGACGGGGAUGAUCCGGCGGUGGCGGCCGUGGACGAGGGGGAUCGGUGCGUCGGGUGCGGCGGUGCGGAUGACUCGGAGGGGUGCGUCGUUGGAGAAGGAAAUGAGGAGCCGAUGGUGUUCGAUAGGGAGUCCUUCUCGAGGUUGCUCCGGAAGGUAUCGCUGGCGGAGGUGGAGAUCUAUGCGAAGAUGUCGUACCUCGGCAACCUCGCCUAUAUCAUACCCAAGAUGAAGCCUAUGAAUCUCCUGAAAUUCCAUGGAUUACGAUUUGUGACUUCAUCAUUGGAGAAAAGAGGCAAGUCUUCAGGUUCUGAUAAGGAUCAGAUGCCAUCUCCAGAUGAAGAACCAAAAGAGGAGAAUGAUGAGGGAGAGGAGAAUAGGAAACAGCAAGAAAAUAGUUUGGGGAUAAGCGCUUCUACUGCAUACCAGAUUGCAGCAUCUGCUGCCUCUUAUCUACAAUCUCAGACAAUGGGCAUUCUUCCAUUCAGGUCUAAAAUGGCAGAGAGGGGAAAGGAUUCAACUGAAGAAGGCGGAGAAGAUGAAGUAGAAGAUGGUAUUGCAAGUUCUGAGGAGGCCUCGUUUGUGGCCACUACAAAUUCAGUCACCGCCAUGGUUGCUGGGAAGGAGGAGAUGAAAGAAGCUGUUGCCAAAGACUUGAACUCGUCGCAGUCCUCACCUUGUGAGUGGUUUAUUUGUGAUGAUGAUAGCAGUGGUACAAGAUACUUUUCUAUUCAGGGUUCCGAGUCACUGGCUUCUUGGCAAGUAAAUCUUCUAUUUGAACCUAUUCAGUUUGAGGGACUGGAUGUACUUGUACAUAGAGGUAUCUAUGAGGCUGCCAAGGGGAUUUAUCAACAGAUGUUGCCAGAAAUUCAAUCUCACUUAAAAUCUCGUGGUAACUCUGCAACUCUCCGGUUCACUGGCCAUUCUCUUGGUGGAAGCCUUGCAUUGCUUGUGAAUCUCAUGUUAUUGAUACGGGGAGAAGCACCUGCCUCAUCCUUACUGCCUGUUAUAACAUUUGGUGCACCAUUCAUCAUGUGCGGAGGUGAUUACUUGCUUCAGAAAUUGGGAUUGCCAAAAAGUCAUGUCCAAGCCAUAGCAAUGCACAGAGAUAUCGUUCCUCGAGCCUUCUCUUGCAACUACCCAGAUCAUGUAGCUAAGAUUCUGAAGGCCAUCAAUGGAAACUUCCGCAAUCAUCCAUGUCUCAAUAACAAGAAGAUGUUGUAUGCUCCCAUGGGGAAGCUUUUGAUACUGCAACCUGAAGAAAAAUUUUCCCCAUAUCACCAUCUUCUUCCCCCAGGCAGUGGCCUCUACCUCUUGGGCAAUUCAUUAGUGGAUUCAGAUGAUUCGGCAAGACUGUUGCAGGCUGCACAGUCUGCAUUCCUCAACACGCCACACCCACUUGAAAUCCUAAGUGAUCGGUCUGCAUAUGGGUCUGAAGGGACAAUUUACAGAGACCAUGACAUGAAUUCCUACAUGAGGUCAGUCCACGGAGUGAUCCAUCAGGAGCUCAAGCUCAUCAGGAAGGCAAAGAGGGAACAACGUCGCCAAGUGUGGUGGCCUCUUGUAGCCACACAAGACCUCCAUGCUAAUAUGACCACAGGACAGUGUGCUGGACCAUCCAAUUCCUCCGAACACCAUUUCAGCUUUGCUGGUGUGUUCCAUGGGGGAAGAGAAACACUGAAGCGAUUUGGGAGGCUGCUUGCAUCUCAGCAUGUGCAAAUGCUAGUUGUUCUCUUGUUCCCAGCGAGGCUGUUGCUUCUAGGGACGUUGUCUAUUAUUAAUUUCAGAUGACUAGAAGUUGGUUUUGUGGGUGUAAUUUGUUAAAGGGGUUCAUUCUUUAUUUAUUGGUCUGCUCAAACAUUCCUUCAAUUAAAGCAAGUUGGAAUGGAAAAAGAAAAUGAAAAAGAAAAAGAUUCAUUCAUUGUCAACAAAAUCAGUGGACAUGUAUCAGCAGAAAUAUCUUUCAUUGUUUGUUUGUUUGUGACGGUAAGAGAGAUCCGAUUAAUAAAUAGCACAAGGUAGAUGGUCGGGUUAGUUUU